UCCAGGUGCGGCAGCGGCUCCAGCAGCGGAAACGGCAGCUGCCCGGUGGGCGGCACGGCCCGACUCGGCACAGCUCUCCGUGCGUCACGGCCGCCCCGUCCCAUCGCUCCCAGCUCUCGGGUCCGGUAGCUUCGCCGUGCGCCGCGGGGUCCCGGGGCGGUGGGUUCCGGUGACCGUCGGUGCAGGCUGUUCCUUCCCGAUCCCCGUCUCGGGGCUGGCGUGUCUCGAUCGCGACGUCCCGCGGCGCGGUCCGGUCUUUCCCCGUCCGUUAUCCCCGGGGCCGGAUGGUCCCGGUGCCCCGCAGCGCGAUCGAGUCCUUCCUCCCCUCCCCUUGGUGUCGGUCUCCCCCGGCGCGCCCCUUCCCUUCCCCAUCCCCGUUUCCAUCACCCACGAUGCUUGCGGCUCCCGGUUCCCGGUGACAGCGUUUCCGAUCGUUAUCUCUUCCAGCCCUGCACCCGGCGGCAACAUGUGGCUCCUGGAGAGGCUGCGCGGCAUGGCGGAGAGCAGCAGCGCACGGGGCUCGGGGCCGGACGAUUCCCCACGGGGCUCCCGCUAUAGCAACGUCCUCACCCCCGAUAAGAUCCCCGACUUCUUCAUCCCGCCCAAGCUGAGCGCUGCACCCGCUGAACCCGAAGGUACCGAACCCACCGCGCCUCCCGUCCUGGGUCCAUCUGUCUCGGAGCAGGACCUGACGGACCGCAAGACCCCACGCAGCCCCCGGCCUCCCAGCCGACCCCGUGCGAAGGCAUCCGGCCGGCACAUCAUCCAGAUCGAGAGCGCCGAGGACUGGACAGCUGAGGGAGGCUUCGGCACCAACGUGGACCCGCAGGCGCAGACAGCCAUGUCUCUGCCCUACGUGCCCAAAGCGCAAACCUCGUACGGUUUCGCCACGCUGGUGGAGAGUCCCCACACCCGACGUAAGGAAUCGCUCUUCCAUAGCGAACACAGCAGCCUCUGCCCUUCGCCGGCCACCUCCCCCAGCGCCCAGCGCAGGGCAAAGCUCAACGGUGAGAGCAGAGCUCAGGCUCCUGCCGACCUGGGGGCGGCCCUCAUGCAUCCCGGCCGCUAUUUCAGCGGUGGUGAAAGCGACACGUGCUCUUCAGCCGAGUCUUCACCCUUCGGCUCACCCCUCCUCUCCCGCUCCGUCUCUUUGCUAAAGAUCUUCAGCCAGGAAAGCCAAUCUAAGGUCAUCAAGCUGAAGCACUCGGUGGCUCGCAACAGCUCUCUUUCAACCGAUGACAGCUCAGCCGACACCAGUCCCAGCGCCCAGCGUCGUUCCAGGAGCGCUCCGGCCGGGGGACAACCGGCAGCGGGCACGGAGCUGCCGCAGGGUCGGCCCCGUGAGCACAGCCUGAGGCUCAGCAGGGGCGGCCGCCUCCGUCUGACUGCUGAUUACGACCCUUCCAACGCCCGGCUUCGCGUUCAGCUCAUCUGCGCCGAGGAUCUCUACGACGCUCUGGUCGAUGUGCGUGGUAUCCACUGCUGCGUUUCGCUGUGCCUCAACCCGGGGAAGCUGCAGAAGCAACGCAGCACCAUCAUCAAAAACAGCCGCAACCCUGUCUUCAAUGAGGACUUCUUCUUCGAUGGGCUGGGUCCCAGCCACGUCAGGAAGCUGUCCCUCAAGCUGAAGGUGGUCAACAAAGGCAGCAGCCUGAAGCGGGACACGCUGCUGGGGGAGAAGGAGCUCCCGCUCAGCGCCCUGCUGUAGGCUCAGCAGCCCUGCAGGGAGCGUGCCCGUGGGGCUGGGGCACGGGAGGGCUUGGGCCAGCCCUGGCCCCUCUGAAAUAGGGCUUGGAAGGGCCCCCAGAGGAGGGCCAGGGCUGUGGCAGAGCUCAGGGAUGCAGGGCCAGGUCCCCAGGAGCGGAGCUGCCGGAUGCAGCCCUCCUGUGCCAGCCUCUCCCUUCUGUUCCAGCUCCCUGCCCGGGGCUGCAGCUCCUGGAGCACAGCAGGAGCCACCUGCCCUGUCCCUUUCAGAUGGAUGGAUGUCACCUGCUGGGCUCUUCCCUUUCUGGUUUCCAUGGUCUCCAGCUGGCCAGCACGAAGGUUGGAAGCGGGUAGAGCUCUGCAGCAUGCUUAUUGCCACCUCUCUCCAAGCCUUAGCUCCUAGAGUCAGAUGAUGACAUCGACCUUGGCUUUCAUUUAAAAGUCAAGCUUUGUAGUCUUGGAAACUGCAGAGAAAAUGCUGCAGAGGUGACCCAGGAACCUGGUUGGGGUCUCUGGGAGGUGGCCCCAUGGCUGACUCACACCUGUGGUCUUUCUGAGUCCCUUCCUGGGACCACAUAGAGUGUGCAGGUCAGCUUUACCUGACACCCCGCAGCCUCUGGGAUGCCCUCCUGUCCUGGUCCCCCCAGAUACUGACCCCUCUCCCCUCAUGGAUAACAGCUGCAGGAACUUCAGAGGCAUUUGGAUGCAUUCAGACAGAUGCUGAUAGGGGCUGGUACUGCUGCUGGGGGGCACAUGGCCAUGGGGGUGAGCAUGCAUGCUGGGGUAACAUCCCAGCAGACCCCAAGCAACAGGAGCAGCACCCCCUGCCUUCCCAAGUGCUCAUGGCUGUGUACCUGCAUGGCACUGGGGAUGGGUGGCACCAGAGAAGGUGGCAGGCUGGGAUCCAAGCUGCCCUCCCCAAUUCUGCCCUCUCUGAGCACUCAUGGGUGAGGGGCUUGAAAGCUUCUGCACCCCCCUACCCACCCACCCACAGGGAGAUGCAUGGCCCUGGGGUCAGAAAGCCCCUAUACCUGGUGGGACCCAGUCCCCAAAUAGGGCUGUGUUGGCAAAUUGAUUCCCUGCACUGCCCAGAAACACCAGAAUGGGGGGAAAUCCAGGCUGGGGUAUCUGCAGGUGGCUGAAACAGCCACUUUUGUUGUUGUUUGGUGUGAUGUUACCUGCAUGGUUGGUUUUUUUUUUUAUGUGAAAAGGAGCAGAAAUAGCAUUGCUCCUCUCUGCCCUCUUCCAACACGUGUGGACACACGCACAUGUGUCCCUCUGUGUCAACCUCUGUUGGUGACGGUUGAUGUUCCUUCCUUGUCCUUUGCAGCAGAUGGCAGAUUUCAGUGUUGGCUAUUUAUAUCCGAGGCUGAUCUUUCCCAGCGUGUUUUACUUCUGUCUGUAAAUAUGUUUCAGGUAUACGAGGCAUGGUUCUGGUGCUGUUUGCAUGUUGGGGGGUGGGGGGUGGGGGGGGAGUUGGGAUGAUCGUGGCUGUUUGUUUGAGCUUGUGGCUGAAAACAAACCGUGCAGGACGUGAGGAACAGACACAUCCCUUUGCCACAGGGGAUUUCCCACCUGCUGCUCCCCAUUGCUUUCCCCAGGAACAACCAAGGGCUGCCCAUCCCUGUUUUUUCCUCCAUCCCCUGGCAUUGGGGAGGUGGGGGGGGGAAAGGGGUGAACUCAGCACCAAGCAGAGCUUGGGAAUAGGGGACACCCAGCUGGUGGCCAGGAGCUGGGGGAGGAUCAGUGCAAAGGUUUCAGUGCUCAUGAAGGGCUGGGGAUGCCACAGCUCCUCCACGGUGGGGCUGUGCUUUGUUUCUUUGUGUUUUGGGGGUGGGUUGGGAGGCUGAGAGCAGAGCUCUUUGGCUCCAUGGGGGGAAUUGAGGGCUAGGAGUUUGUGCCAUCCCCUCCCUCAUCUGUCCCAGGUCUCUGGGAUUUGCUGCUGUGAUGGAUGGGAGGGUGGAUGCGGAGUCCUGGAGGGAUCCUUCCUCCUUGUAGCCCUUUUCUAACGUUCCUGCUUUAUGUGGCUGGAUUUAACAAUGCAUUUUUUUUGUUUUGGAGUUAAUAUAUAUAUAUAUACACAUAUAUAUUCAUUAAUGGAAUGUUUGUUUACAGAUGACUUCCCCUUUUUAGUGCAAUAAAGUCUUUCUAAAACAGAUGCAAAUGGUACCCAGCUCCUGAUGCUCCCUUGCUUUCUAUCAUCCCUUGCUUUCUAUCAUCCCUUGCUUUCUAUCAUCCCUUGCUUUCUAUCAUCCCAUGUGCUGCUGACCCCCUGUGAUGGGAAGCAGUGGGGACAGCCUUCCUCCCCCUUCCCCCCCCCACCCUCCAGUUGUUCCAGGCCAGCAGCUUAUUCUGCUUUCUUCUUUUCUUUCCCUGCCUUCCAUCUCUCAACCCACUUCUAACAAGCAGCUGCUGAAGCAAAGAGGGAGGUUUGCCUGCAGCCUAAAUGCCAUUUUUCUAAUUUCCACCAUACUAAUAAUUUGUCAUUUUUAGUCGAAAUAAAGAAUAGGAACACUAAACAGAUCCGCCCUCCUUCCUCCUGGCCCCACAGGGCACAGAAAGCAGCGUGGUGAGAACUUGGCAGGUGCCAGGAAAUUAAAGUAGUUUUGGGUUUUGGUUUGUUUUUUUUUUUCUUUUAGAGGUGUAAAAGCCACAGCAGAUAGCAAUAAAACGAGCCUGAUUAAGUUAGUUUGAAAUAGGGUGGAUGGGGUCAGCUUGAAAACACUAAAAAUCCCUCAAGUGCUCAAUAUGCAAAGCAUGGGAAACAGUCAGAAGGGCGGCUGGUGGGGGAAGAUUUAGCUCUGAAUUCCUAAUUGAGUUGUUAGAGGAGAGAUAUGCAGCUUCCAGAGCUUGAGGUUAAACCUUGAGCAGAGGCUGGGCUGCAAUGAGCCCCUCUGCACUGCAGGCUGUGGGAUGGGAGUCCAACCAGGACCCAGUGAUUACCUGGGAUAAUUGGGGUCCUGGUGGUUACCU